AUGGGGAAUUGUUGCUCUAGUGGAGAAGAACAACCAAAUGAAACAACCAACAACAACAAUGAAAGCAACAACCCUAAAAGUGUAGAAAACAAUUCAUCUACACAUAAAAAUAAUAAUAAUAAUCUUGAUCAAGGUUCAACAACACCAACACCAACACCAACAAAAACAACAUCUCCUAGUCCAUCAUCAAAACCAUCAAAACAAUCACCAAUAGGAUUAGUACUAGGUAGACCAAUGGAAGAUGUUAGAACAACAUAUACUAUAGGAAAAGAACUUGGUAGAGGACAAUUUGGUGUAACACAUUUAUGUACACAAAAACAAACAAGUGAACAAUUUGCAUGCAAAACAAUAGCUAAGAGGAAACUAGUUAACAAAGAAGAUAUUGAAGAUGUUAGAAGAGAAGUACAAAUAAUGCAUCAUUUAACAGGUCAAGAAAACAUUGUACAACUAAAAGGAGCUUAUGAAGACAAACAUUCUGUACAUUUGGUCAUGGAAUUAUGUGCUGGUGGUGAACUUUUCGAUAGAAUUAUCGCGAAAGGACAUUAUACAGAACGCGCUGCAGCUUCAUUGUUAAGAACAAUUGUUCAAAUUGUUCAUACUUGUCAUUCUAUGGGAGUUAUUCAUAGAGAUCUUAAGCCUGAAAAUUUUUUACUUCUUAGUAAAGAUGAGAAUGCACCUCUUAAGGCUACGGAUUUUGGUCUUUCCGUCUUUUAUAAGCAAGGAGAUGUAUUUAAGGAUAUUGUAGGUAGUGCAUAUUAUAUUGCACCUGAAGUAUUGAAAAGAAGAUAUGGACCAGAAGUUGAUAUAUGGAGUAUUGGUGUUAUGUUAUAUAUUCUUCUUUGUGGAGUUCCUCCUUUUUGGGCAGAAAAUGAAAAUGGAAUUUUCAGUGCAAUAUUACGUGGACAUGUUGAUUUUUCAAGUGAUCCAUGGCCUUCAAUUUCAAGUGGUGCAAAAGACCUAGUCAGAAAGAUGUUAACUGUUGACCCUAGGCAGAGGUUAACUGCUAUGCAAGUCCUAAAUCAUUCAUGGAUCAAAGAGGAUGGAGAAGCACCAGACACACCUCUUGACAAUGCUGUAUUACAUAGGCUCAAACAAUUUAGAGCUAUGAACAAAUUCAAGAAAGUUGCUCUUCGGGUUAUUGCAGGAUGUCUAUCAGAAGAAGAAAUUAUGGGAUUGAAGCAAAUGUUCAAAAAUAUGGAUACUGAUAAUAGUGGAACAAUAACACUUGAGGAAUUAAAACAAGGAUUAGCCAAACAAGGGACUAAAUUAUCUGAUUAUGAGAUUAAACAAUUAAUGGAAGCGGCUGAUGCUGAUGGAAAUGGGACAAUAGACUAUGAAGAGUUCAUCACAGCAACCGUGCACAUGAACAAAAUGGAUAGAGAAGAACAUCUUUACACUGCAUUCCAAUAUUUUGAUAAGGAUCAUAGUGGAUAUAUAUCAAGAGAAGAGUUAGAGCAAGCUCUUAGAGAAUUUGGUAUGGAUGAUGAAAAUGAUUUGAGGGAAAUCAUUAAUGAAGUUGACACUGAUCAUGAUGGUCGGAUCAACUAUGAUGAGUUUGUAGCAAUGAUGAAGAAAGGAAAUCCAGAGGCAGCAACAAUGAAUCCAAGAAAAAGAAGGGAUUCAUUUGUAGCAUAA